AUGUUCAUGAUCAUCGUGCUUUUUUUGCUCUCCAACUUGCUAAUCCAACCUCAAACUGGUGCAAGCUCCAACGCCAACACUUUCUCAUUUGUCACUUUCACUCCUGAAAGUUGCACCAAUGGUGAGUUGCUUUGCUUGGGUUCAGCCACUGCAGGAAAUGGGUAUUUGAGUCUCACCCCAGAGCCACAACAAAAGAACAGCAAUUCAAGUUCAACAUCAUCUUCCACCACCAACAGUGUUGGAAGGGUUUUGUACCCUCUUCCUGUGAAUGUUUGGCCAGCAACUAUCUCUACCACAUUCACUAUUAGAAUCACUCCUUUUUCAGAAAACUCAACCAGCUCUGGGGAUGGAAUGGCACUAGUGUUUGCACAAGAUAAUAGGCCCUCACCAAAUGAUAGCUAUGGCUCAUAUCUUGGCAUGUUUGGUCGGUCUACACAAGGUGGAGUUUUUCGACAAAUAGCUGUGGAGAUGGACACUUUCAUGAGUGAUUUUGAUCUAGAUGGAAACCACAUUGGGAUAGUCACAACCAGCAUCACAAAUCCACUUGCAUCUGAGAGUCUCAAUAGCACUGGCAUUGACCUCAAAAGUGGAAGGGACAUUAUGGUCAAAGUUGACUAUGAUGGAUGGAGUAAAAUGAUGUUUGUCUCGUUAGGAUACUCUGAAAGCCAAUUGAAGAGUGUCCUAAACUAUUCAAUUAACCUAUCUGAGAUAAUUCCAAGCUCCAUUUAUGUAGGUUUCACAGCCUCCACAGGCAACACUUUUCCUGAAAGCCACCGGGUCCUCAAUUGGGUAUUCACAUCAGUGCCAGUGCCUAUUGUUUCUGUUGAACAGAAUGAAGAUGGCACCAUGAAGGUCAUGUUGAUAAUUGUCAUGCCAGUUUUUGUGUCAGUGUGCUUACUUUCUGUUAUUUUGAUGGUUUGGAGGAAAAGACAUGUGAAGGGUAACAAGAAGGAGGAUAUAGAAAGCCUAUCAAAGAAGGCUGCAGAUAUCCCCAAGGUGUUCACUUACAAGCAACUAACAAAGGCAACAUGCAACUUCAGCAAGGAAAAUCUUUUGGGAAGAGGUGCAUUUGGUAGUGUUUAUAAGGGCAUCAUAUUUGACUCAGGAAAAAUUGUAGCAGGCAGAGGUGCACUUGGUAGUGUUUACAAAGGCGUCAUAUUAGACUCUGGAAAAACUGUGGCAGUAAAGAAGAUUUCAACAACUUCUAAGCAAGGUGAAAGAGAGUUCUUAGCUGAAAUCUGUACCAUAGGGCGUCUUAGGCACAAAAACUUAGUGAAGCUCCAAGGCUGGUGCAGUGAAGGCAAGAAUCUUCUCUUGGUUUAUGAUUACAUGCAAAAUGGAAGCCUUGAUCACUUCAUAGGAAAGGGCAAUCUGAACUGGCAAACCAGGCACAAGAUCUUGACAGGAUUGGCAUCAGCAUUGCUUUACCUUCAUGAAGAGUGUGGAAGCCCUGUUGUUCACAGAGACGUUAAGCCUAACAAUGUCAUGCUGGACUCUAAUCACAAUGCUCAUUUAGGAGAUUUUGGGCUAGCAAGGUUACUCAAAAAUGAAGGUUCAGUGACUACAAAUCUUAAUGGAACUCUAGGAUAUUUGGCUCCUGAGCUAAGCUUUACAGGGAAAGCCACACCUGAAUCAGAUGUGUAUAGCUUUGGCAUGGUAGUGCUUGAAGUCAUAUGUGGGAAAAGGUUAAACUGGAUUAAGCAAGGGAACAGUUUUGUGGACUGUGUGUGGAAUUUGCAUGCACAAAAUGCAUUGGUGCAGUGUGUUGACAAAAGGCUAGAAGACGAAUUUGAUGAGGAAGAAGCUAAAAGGGCAUUGAUGGUUGGAUUGGCAUGCUUGCAUCCUGAUUCCAUGUUCAGGCCAAGGAUGAGAAAAGUGGUGAACAUUCUUCAGAAUCCAAAUGAAUCUUUAAUGGAAUUACCAGGAGUGAGGCCUACUGGGGUUUAUGUAUCAGUUUCUUGUAGUACAUCAGCCUCUAACUCUGGCUCCAGAGUUACCAGCGAGGUUUUAAAAAGGGAAUGCAAGCGUGAUUUUGGCCGCAAUGUCAUGGUUUUUGGAGUCUUCGCUGAUGCAAUUGUGGCACAUUGGCUGCAUUUAUCUGCAAUUUUCUACGAUAUCAAGAAUCGUGACGAAACCAAGAUGCAUUAUGCUUCGAAUAAACUUAUAAAGGCUAUACCCGUGUCCACAAAUUACAACCUUGCUUAUAACUUGUAA